AUGAACGGCUCUAACUCCCCCCCCCCUCACGACAAGAACUCGAAACCAAACUCCAACAGCGAAGACACCAAAACAUCCGACCUCCCCGACGGCAACUACGACAUCUUUGUCAUCCCCCCACACUCUGCCGGCUCCGGAUUCCUAUAUCUCCCGUCUCUACAAUGCCAACGGAAUAGCUUUCUCGCCGGGUCCGCAAGUACACUCUUGUUCGUGUUUCUGUGGUCGAAUAUUGCACCGGUUGUGCGGGGGUGGUAUGUUCUUACGGCUACGGGUGGUGGGAUUGGGAGUUUGGGGAGUGCGAUUGGGCUUCUUCUAGGGGUGGUUGUUGUUGGUGUGGUAGGAUGGGUUGUUGGGUCGUUGCAAGCGGGUGGUACGGGUACGUGGCGGGAGAGGUGGAGACGGGAGAAGUCUGGUGGAAAUGGGUCGGGUGAGUCUGGGGAUGGCGAUGCCCGUACCAAGGAUCAGUCUGCGAGAGGUGCAAGCGAUCCCAAAGGUUCUGAGUCUGGCGGCCAACAAGAGCAGCGCCAACGACAAGACGGCGGCGGAAAGACCGGUAAAAGCUCAAACAACGGUAAACAGCAUAGUGCUGGUGAUGCAAACUCCGAAUCGACCCCAAAUGACAAUGAUGGAGGAUCAGAAUAUGCCGAAUGGGGGAAAGCCCGCGACCAGGAACGUGAGAAAGGCAGAGAAAAGCAGCGAUUUGAAGAGGAAAAGCGCCAAUAUGAGGAAGAACAGCGUCGCGAGCAACUAAAGCGCGAGAAGCAACGUAAAGAAGAGCUCCGGCAUGAGAAGGAGAAAAAGGAACAGGAAAAACGUCGCCGCGAGGAAGAGGAGCGACGUCGUCAUGACGAGCAGAAACAACAUGAAAAAGAGAAAAAGGAACAAGAGCAACGGCGUCGUGAUGAACAGAACCGGAAGGAAGAAGCCCGUGAAGAAGCAAGACGCAGAGAGCAACUCCGCCAGAUUCAAGAAGAGGCUCGCCGUCGUGAGCAAAAGCAGCAGCAGGAACAGGAGCAGCGUCGCCGUGAGGAAGAGAAGCGGAAGGAGGAGGCUCGACAGGAGUCAAGACGGAGGGAGGAACUUCAUAAGCGUGGAGAAGACGCUCGCCGCCGCGAGGAAGAAGAGCGCAAAGAGAAACUUCGACGUGAGGAGGAACAGAAAGAUAGUCAGCGUCGUCGUGAAGAGGAUAGCCGAAGAGAAGAACAGCGCCUUCGCGAGGAAAAAAGACAAAAAGAAGAGAAGAUGAAGGAGGAGAUCCGCCGACGUGAAGAAGAGAAACGUAAGGAAGAAAUUCGUCGUCGCCAAGAGGAAUGGCGCAAAGAAGCACUUCGGCGGAAAGAAGAGAGACAGAAGGAAGAAGCACGCCGCGAGGAGGAAAAACGGCAAGAAGAGCUCCGACGCGAAGAGGAAAGAAAACAAGAAGGACUCCGCCGCGAGGAAGAAAGGAAGAAAGAAGAAGCCCGGCUGGAGGCGGAACGGCGCAGAGAGGAGAUCCGGCGGAAGAUGGAAGAUUAUAAGCGACAAAAAGAGGAAGCAGCACGCGAGAAGCAGAGGCAACAAGAGCAUGAGGCCAAGGAAAAAGAGCUCAGAGAACGAAAAGAGCAAUUCGAGAAGGAAAUGGCCGCAGCUCGGGAGGCCGCUGCUAAGGAGGCACGAGAGCGCGCCGAGCGAGAAGCUGCCGAAGCUCGAGCCCGCUUUGAACGAGAAUCUGCGGAGGCAAAGGCAAAAGCGGAGAAAGAAGCCGCUGAAAUACGAGAACGAGAAGAGAAAGCUGCUGUCGCUGCCAAAGCCAAGGCUGAAAGGGAAGCUGCUGAAAAGGAGGCCGCCGCAAGAGCAGCAGCGAAGAAAGAGGCUGAUGCCAAGUUCGCGGCCCUCAAGGAAGCGGCCGCUAAGAAGUACGCAGAAAAAAAGGCCAAAGAUGCUGCAGAGAAGAAAGCCAAAGAAGAGGCUGCAGCAAAGGAGGCCGCCGCUAAGGAAGCUGCAGCCAAAGAAGAAGAAGCGGCAAAGAAAGAAGCAGCAUCCAAAGCCAGUGCUUCAUAUUCCGACACGGCGCCACCGCAACCUCCUCCCCACCGCACCCCAUUACCAAAGAAGCCGGGCGAAGAAGAUAAUCCAUACGAACGAGCCCGGCGGCCUUAUCAAGGGGGUGCUACUGGAUCCACUGCUUCUGAAUCCUCAUAUACUCCAUCGCACUCAACGGCCAGGACUUCUCCCCCACCAUCGAACCGAGGCGGUUACUCCCGUGGUGGCUACUCUACGAAAGAUCCAGACAAGAUUGUCAUCUCUGGGGUGUUCGCUUUUAACAACAAUUUUGUCGACAUUCCAGUGGCCCAACUAGUUUCCGGUCAAGGAACCGUGUCAGACGGCCUGGUUCUUAAAAUCACCACAGAAGGGCUGUUCAUCGACGACGACAUCCGAGGUGUUCCCCAACGAGAAUGGGACGCCAAAGCAUGGACCAUGAAGUCCGUUGAGGUGUGGUGUUCUCAAUACGCAGCAUCUCCCCAAGCUCGCCAGAACCCCACGAAAUCAUCCAAUCCCUUCCGCACUGGCUCUACAUUGCCUCCGACACCUGAAGAGUCGGAUGCGUAUCUUAUGGAUAUGUUACGGGUGUGCAAGAAUACCUGCCGUGUUGGCACUCGCAGUAGCAACGACGAUGAUACUCUGAACUUCGCGAAGCGUGGGCAUCACAUGCUCCGGGCGAGAUUCCGCGAGCAGGAUGGCAAGAAUUACGUCUUUGUUUUUGACGAAAGCGAGGGGUGGAAGGUUGCUAUUGGACUGCAGCGUCUGAGACGGGGAACGCAGACUCGGUCGUUGGGUGUACUCAAUAUGACUGUAACUGAUUGUCAGUCGGUCAUGGAGAAUCUGGGAUAUGCCUGA